AAAGACCAAUUCUGCUUCUGCCUGUAUAUAUUACAUAUCAUGGUUGUGUGCGACUACAGCAGACCAAAUCCUCAUAUAGAAGUCAGGGGAAGUAAUAACUAGUUUGUCAUUCAGGACUUGUCCCACUGAUGGACUGCAAGCGCGAGCUUAAGUGAAUGUUAAUAGCCGGCAUACCCCAUACAUUCCAUCCUAAAAUGAACAGCACAGUGUCUCCGUCCGUGUUGCCUCUGGACAACAGAAGUCUCUCUGAGUCCUGUACAGUGGAACCCCAACACGUGUCCAUCACUGUUUUCCUCCUCCUGGUUGUCCUGGUUGGUUUCUUCCUCAACAGUUUCAGUCUGUGGGUCUUCUGCUGCCGUAUACCACAGUGGAGCUCUGGUACUGUCCUGCAGUUUCAUUUGGCUGUCAGUGACACUGUUAUCACACCAGUUGCACCAUUAAUGGCAACAUACUUUGUUAUGGGUAGCCACUGGCCCUUUGGAGCUUUUCUGUGCAAGCUGAAGAUUGCCUUGCUGAGCAUUCACUUCUAUGGCAGUAUCCUGUUCCUUACACUCAUCAGCAUUCAUCGAUAUGUGGUAGUUGUCCAGUUUAAAAGGGGCUCCUGUAUGAAACGAAAGGCGUUUGUUCAGAAUCUGUGUGCUGGAGUCUGGCUGGUUUUGCUGGCUAAGGGAAUUGCCUGUUUCUUCUUAUUGAACACAAGUCCAAUGGGAAACCGCACACAAUGUCUCAGCAUUCAUCAGGAAAAAUACAUUGACGUCUACUUCGCCAUCAACUUCGUUAUGCUCAUCCCUGGGUUCCUGCUGCCUCUCUCAGUGGCAGUGACCUGCUAUGUUCAGCUAGCAAGAUCAAUGUCUCGUAUCAAUAUCAACAUGUCCAAGGGCCGUGAUAUAAAGGCCAAGUCACGUAAAAUGGUGGCCAUGUGUCUGGUGAUAUUUGCACUGUGCUUCACUCCUCUGAACGUGAUACGAACUGUGGCUGUCAUAUUAAAGAAGUACUUUCCAGAACAAUGCAGUCUUCUCCUGCAGGUGGAGACUGCAUACUAUAUCUCCUGGAUUUUGGCUGGAGCAAACUGCUGCCUGGACCCAUUGCUUUAUUGUUUUGGAUCACACAACUUUGUCAAGGCUAUUCAUAGGUCUCUCAGAAAAUUUGAUGUCAAGUUUAAAAAAGACCCGGCCACAAAUGACCAGAUCAUCUAUGAUACUGCUAUUGAUUCUCCCUCCAUUGACUUAGAAGACAUCCACACCCAGCAUUCGAACACAUCUUGAAUAAGGAACCUCAUAGUAGUAUAAUCACAUUGGCUUAUUGUGUUUGCUCAGUGCCUUUUUCUUUUUU